CCCACAGUAGCGUCGCGGGCACAACCUGCGCGUGUGACUGCGAGCGCAACACUUCUGAUUGGCCAAUCCGGAAAAUGUAGACACACGCCACGAUCUUUACAAUGAUCCGCUGAGCAGAGAGAUCUUCAGCGUUUCCCUUUAUUUACUUUUUACUGAAUUGACUGGAAAUUAAGGUUAAGGAUGGGGAAUCUGAUAAAGGUUCUCACACGAGACAUUGAUAACAAUACAGGAAACUUUUUCAUAGACUUUGAAAAUGCCAAGCCCACAGACGCUGAGAGGAGAGUAUGGGAGGAGGUCAAUAAGGUGCUAAAAGAGUCUGUAACCAUACUACAGGAUCUGCAGUCUUAUAGCGGAGCAGGUGAAGCCAUCAGACAGGCCAUUCAGCAUCCGAAUGAUGAGCGUGUGCAAGAGGGAGCGUGGACCGCUGUGGUCCCACUAGUGGGCAAACUAAAGAAGUUUUAUGAGUUCUCACUAAAAUUGGAAGAUGCUCUGCAAGGCCUGCUUGAAUUUCUCACCAGCUCACGCUGCAGCCCAACCCAACAUCUGGAGCAGGAGCAGGCUCUGGCUCGACAGUUCGCUGAGAUCCUGCAUUUUACGCUGCGCUUUGAUGAACUAAAGAUGACCAACCCGGCCAUUCAGAAUGACUUCAGCUACUACAGAAGAACCCUGAGUCGCAUGCGUAUCAAUAAUCAAGCAGCAGAAGAGCACAAUGAGGUUGACAACGAACUGGCCAAUCGCAUGUCUCUCUUUUACGCCAAUGCCACGCCCAUGCUCAAAACGUUAAGCGAUGCCACGACUAAAUUCGUAUCAAAGCAUGCAGAGCUGCCUGUCGAGAACACAACAGAUUGUCUAAGUACAAUGGCAAGUGUGUGUAAAGUCAUGUUAGAGACACCGGAGUACCGCACUCGUUUCGCUAGCGAGGACACAGUUUUAUUCUGUCUGCGUGUGAUGGUGGGUGUGAUCAUUCUGUACGACUACGUCCAUCCGGCCGGAGCCUUCGUCAAAUCCUCCAAAAUCGAUAUGAAAGGAUGCAUUAAGGUACUGCGAUUUCAGCCGCCUAACAGCGUGGAGGGCCUUCUCAAUGCACUCAGGUACACAACUAAACAUUUGAAUGAUGAGACUACCUCCAAGCAAAUUAAAAACAUGUUACAAGCUUGACAGUAUCUACUAAAAGUGUUACCACUGAAAUACAUUCGACGAGACGCUUGCGCAAUUUUUGUAGUACGAGAGUAAGCCAUUUAACAUGUGGCAGCUACUGUUAACUGUCUGUUUUUAUUUGAAUUGUUGUAGUUUGGGUUUUUUUUACAUCUUAUUCUGUUAGAAUUCAAAUUGUGUGACCUUUGGAUUUCAAUAAAGCCGCUUUGAUGUGGUGCCGCCUGACGAAGAUGAGCUGAAUUCAUCUCUGUGUUCUUUACGGCUGACUGAGCAGCCAGACGGGAACAUUUUUAAUGUAUUUUGACUGUUUGCUUUUUAAUGAGAAAUUUUACUGUGACUUUUAUUAACAACUGAACUGAAUAAAGUUAUUUUAACCUAA